AAAAAAAAACAAUGUGAGGUUAUGUUUCGGAAUUCGAUGUCAAAAUAAGGAAUUUGUGUUUUGUGGCAAUUUUUGUGUGCAGAAAAUGUCUCAAAGCGCAAAGGAACAUGAGAAAAUCAUAAAUACACAGCGAGAGCAGUUGACGAGGUAUGAGACACGCCUAAAGGAUGUUGUUGCUGCCUACAAGGGCUUGCUGAAGGAGAAGGAAGCCCUAGAGGUGAGUCUUGCAGCACUCAGCAAGGAUUCCACCAAGGAAACCAAGGAAAAUGGUCAGGAUACCAAGGCAGGGGACUCGGACAAUUUGCAAAUGCAAAUUGCUACCCUCAUGAGUUCCCUGGCAACACUGUCCGCGGAGAAGUCUCGCAUGGAGGCCUCCUUUCAGGCUGACAAGAAGCAACUGCGACAGGAAAUGCAGCUCAAGGACAAUGCACUGCGGGAAAUGCAAGAGAAACUCAAAGCAGCCGGAGCCCAAUCAAAUAUCGACGUUGAGAGUGUAAAGUCGAAGCUAAUUGUGGAGCGACAUGAGCGUGAGAAGGAGGCCAAUGACAAUAUGAUGAUGAUUCGGGAGCUGCAGAAGUUGCUGUCGGAUGAGAGGCAUUUAAAGGAGAAUCUGGAGAUGCAGAUAAAUGACCUGAAGAAUCAGUUUGCAACAACAAACUACAGUGAUAAGACAAUAAAGGAGUUGACGAGUGAACUGGAUGCAGCCAGGAAGAAGAUAAAGAAGCUUGAGAAGCACGAGAAUGUGAGUGAGAGGGAGAAUUCUGCACUGGUGCUGCAACAGUUGCAGAAUGAAAUUGCAUUCCUAAAGCAACAGCACGCAGCUGCAAUUAAGAGUGAACAGAAGAGAGCUAUCGUGGCGGAGGAACGAACCAAGAAACUGGAAGCUCUGCACGAGGAACGUGUGGCGAGUUUGGAAUCGCGACUGGCUGAGCUUUCAAAGACAGUGGGCACGUAUGACAGACUCCGGCAGCAGGAUCAGGACAAUAUUCAUAAGCUAAAGGAGAGAAUUGCCCAAUUUGAUUAUUCAGACUCCGCCCCAGCGGUGCUUCAGGAAGAUAGUAGGACAUUUAAGAGUAUUAAUGAGAUUGUUGAUGAAAUUGUUCGCCUCAAGAAGGUCCUCAUGUUGGAGAAUGCAAAAAUUCCCAAUCCAAUUGAUGUUUCGCGCAUUUUCGCCGUAGCUUCGAAUGAUCACGGGAUCUGCAUGGAGGAGCAGAUGAGACUCCGGAGGGAAAUUGAAAAUUGCCAAAUGGAGAAUUAUGAGCUGAGAAAUAGUGUUGAAGUUCAAAAGUCUCACAUUCACACGCUCCAGGAGAAGGUGAAGGUGCUCAAUCGAAACAUUGACGAGCAAGAGUUGGAGCUGAAGACCAAAAUUAGCGAACAUGUGAGUGAAAUGAAGGCAGAGAAGGCCAAAUGGAAGGAGAUGGUGGGAGCCCUGGAGGCUGACUAUCGGUCGCGUAUUGCAGAACUUGAGCAACAUCUACAGAAGCAGCGAGAUCGCUCCCUGGUGCUGCUGGAGGAGAAAGAGAAUGAAAUUAAAGCUCUCCGGACGUCUUUUAACAUCUUCACACCGCCGACGGAGGAUACUGCUGAAACGAGUAGUCAGGAAUCCAGCGAGACAAGACCCCAUGGGACGGUCUUGACAACACCAGGAGGAUCGAGCGUUGAGGAAUACCACAUGUUGCACUAUGUGCAUGAAUUGGCGCGAAAAGAUGUAGAGAUCUCAGCUCUCCGGAAAGCACGACAUUCCGCAGAGAGUGCCCUCCGGCAGGCACUUCAGGAUAAGGUGACAACACAGGAGGAGCUUCAUGAUAAAAUCAAUCAGCUCGAGGAAGAGGUGGACAGACUGGAACGUUGCAAGUCCCGCGAGGGUGCCAAUUUGGAGUAUCUGAAGAAUGUUACGCUGAGUUUUCUGGCCACAAAUGACAAUGUGAGUAAACGGCACAUGUUGAAUGCAAUUGGGGCUGUCCUAAAAUUCAGUCCUCUCGAAAUGAAAUCCAUCACCAAUUACUUCAGUAAGAAAAUGUAGAAUUGUUGCUCAAUCAGUUAAAUAAAGGAAAAAGUAUUUAUUGUUGAA